CGUAGCUACCGCAGGUUUCGCAGUCGCUUCAAUUACAGCAAAAACAACCACAUUUUUAAAAAUUCAUCAAUUACUAAAGAAAACGAAACUUUAUUGUCAAACGAUCACUUUUACUGUUUCUUACUACAGUCCCCUCCAUCCGUGGAGCAGCAACAUCUAGCUGACGAUGAUAUUCAUCCGAUUAAUAACCAGCACAUAACUAUCGACAUCGAUGUGAGAACCGAUCAAAAUGAGAGCCCGAUUGCGGUGCUCACGAACGAAUGUGAUGAUCUUUCAAAGUGCUCUCCGAAAAGUCUCUCCAAACAAACAUCAUCUCUGAAGAAUAUUCCAGUUGCUUUUUCUUUCGUCUUGUAUGCGGUUGGUGUCAGUUUUUUAGCGGUUGUAAUAUCAUUAAUUUGGUACUACAUGAAUUGGAUUUUCGGCUUGCCAGCACUAGCUUUAGCGUUAUUAGCUGUGUUUUUAACAAAGCCAGGUUGGAGAUGGUUCUACAUUGCCGGUGCGACGUCUAAGCGAGAUCUAACAUACGUGAUUACUCCCCAGGUUAGAAGAAACUUGAAUGAUGCUCAGCAGGAAUUGAGGGCUCUUUGGGCAUAUAUAAAACUGCUUCUCUUAACCAGAAAGCUCGAGAAGAAAAAUUUGACAAUUGCGGAUAUUUUUCAAAAAAAUACUGCUAAACAUCCUGAUAAAAUUGCGAUUGUUAGUGAAACGCAAGCUUGGACUUUUCGGAAUUUGCACGAAUUUUCCAACCAGGUGGCUAAUGUUUUUCUGACUCAUGGAUAUAAGAAAAGCGAUGUUGUCGGUGUGAUGCUGGGGAACUGUCCAGAAUAUGUUGGAAUAUGGUUAGGAUUAUCGAAAAUUGGGAUAAUUACAGCCCUAAUUAACACUAAUCUACGCGGACAAUCAUUGUUGCACAGCAUUGCCGUAGCUAAAUGUACGGCCAUAAUUUACGGGGAAGCUUUUGCUCAAGUUGUCGACGAUAUCUCAAAGAAAAUCCCUUCAAAUAUUGCUUUUUAUCAAAUUAACAACGAUUUAAAUAUACCGGUGAAAAGCCCUUCAAGAAAUUUAAUGUCAUUACUUAAAACAGCCGCUACAGAAAAAAUAUCUGCUCCUGUGGAGCAUAGUUUCCACCAUGAUAAAUUAUUAUACAUCUAUACUUCAGGCACCACAGGACUGCCAAAAGCUGCUGUCAUCUCUCAUUCACGAUAUGUUUUCAUUGCGGCUGGAAUUCACUACACAUUGGGCUUCGAACAGAACGAUAUAUUUUAUACCCCUUUGCCGUUAUAUCACACAGCUGGUGGGAUAAUGAGUAUGGGACAAGCUUUGAUAUUUGGGUGCACAGUUGCCAUACGUAAGAAGUUUUCUGCGUCUAGCUAUUUUGCGGAUUGCUUUAAAUACAAUGCGACGGUUGGUCAGUACAUAGGGGAAAUGGCCAGAUAUAUUUUAGCAACACCACUUUCCGAAAAUGACCACAAACAUAAAGUGCGUAUGGUAUUUGGUAACGGAUUACGUCCUCAAAUUUGGCCGCGCUUUACUGAAAGAUUUAACAUAAGUAAAGUAGGUGAAUUUUACGGAGCAACCGAAGGCAAUGCAAACAUUAUGAACCACGACAACACAGUCGGAGCCAUUGGAUUUGUUUCGCGCAUAUUGCCUCAGAUAUAUCCUAUUUCGAUUAUAAGGGCAGAUCCCGACACUGGUGAACCGAUACGUGGUCCCAACGGUUUGUGUCAAUUGUGCAAACCUCAAGAACCAGGUGUCUUUAUUGGAAAAAUUGUACCAGGCAAUCCCGCAAGAGAAUUCCUAGGUUACGUUGAUCAAACUGCUUCAGCUAAAAAAGUGGUUUACGACGUGUUUAAAAAAGGCGAUAUGGCAUUCAUUUCCGGUGAUUUGCUUGUAUCCGAUGAAAAAGGUUACCUUUACUUCAUAGAUCGUACCGGUGAUACAUUUCGUUGGAAAGGAGAGAAUGUUUCCACAGGUGAAGUUGAAACUCAAUUAACCACCCUAGUUGGAUAUAGGGAUACAAUUGUAUACGGAGUUACCAUUCCAAAUACAGAAGGUAGAGCUGGUAUGGCUGCUAUUUACGAUCCAGAACGACAAUUAGACUUGGAUAGCUUCACGUUAGAUUUAAAAAAAGUAUUGCCUGUCUAUGCAAGGCCACAGUUUCUACGUUUUCUCACUAAGAUUGACUUGACUGGAACAUUUAAAUUGCGAAAAAUUGAUCUGCAAAAAGAAGGUUAUGAUCCGAAUAUCAUUACGGAUCCUUUAUAUUAUCAAACAUGUACAGGCAAAUAUGAGCCAAUCAGCAAAGAAGUCUAUAGCAUGAUCUGUCGUAAUGAACUAAAAUUCUAGAAAGGCGCGAAAUGGUCGUUCUAAAGUUGUUAGUUAUUAAUUUUAUCUAUUGAAUAAGAUUGAAUCAAAACUUCACAUAUUAGGUUCUUGUAGGCAGAUGGUUUUUUUAAUUGUACAGGUCUUUGGCUAUUUUAGUAUAUCGUAGAUCAAUGUUAUUUAAUUAUUUAUAACUUACCUUCAAUAAACUUGCCAAGUCUACAAAAUUUGGUUUUGGACCGCUUAUAUUUAGUUUAUAUAGUUUAUAAUACGCCAAGCGCAAUAUACUUAUUUUCUAAAAGAAUUCAUUUUAGAGGCCACUAAGGUAUUGCUUUCGAGUUUGGACUCUGUGUUUUUAUAUGCAUGUACCCUAAAAAUAAGUGCUCAAAAGCAAACAGAAGCUAUCUUUUGAUAAUGGAAUAAGUAAAAUUCAAUAUUAACGGAAAUCCAAACGCUCCAAUCUUUCUUAAUGCUCGAUGUUCCAAUAAGUAAUUUUUGAUAUACAAAUAUGGAAGAUGCGAUACAAGUUAAAAAAUAUUUCUUUUUAUCAUACUUAAGAUUUCAUCACUGUCGGAUUUAUAUAUUUUAUUUAUUUCGUGAAAGCCUUUUGCUUCAUUUACCGGUGAAAUUUGCAUUUUGAAAGACACGUUUUUAUUUUGCAUGUAUUGUUACUUUAAGAGGCCAUUUUUAGGCGAAAGAGAUUUUGUUAGAAGAAUGAAAGUUGUUAAAACGAACGCAGUUAAAAUUUCGCAAAUACUAUCGUCAUAUGUGCUAUGAGUAUUCACCUUUUUAAUUCUCAAAUUUUCAAUAUAAUUUGCUGUAUACAUGUCUACAUCUUUAUCUAUAUAUUAGAAUUAUUUUUGGCAAUCUUUACGUCUAGCUUAUAAAUUAUCAAAGAAAAUUUAUUAAAAUAUUUUUCCCUUUCCACAUAGUUUUAUCUGCCAGAAAUUUUAUAACCCAAAAAAAAGCAAAAGCAAACAAAUAUGUAUUCAUAAUAUUGCGCAUCAAAAAUUUUUAUACGCACCUAAUGAUUGAUGUUGGCGCUUGUCAUAAAAAGGCCGCUAUUAUGUCUUCGCAAAGAAAAUGAAGACUAACAUAAGCAUCAACGAAUUAACAUUUUUAUGAAAAAGCUACGGACGUGCUAUUUGUGCUAAUUUUAUGUUCAAUAAACUGUUCCUGAAUAUAUGCUUAAAUUUACAACUAUUUACAAAUGUAAAUAAAUGAGAAUAACGCGAAAAAUUUCCAAAAAUUUUAUUUAUUUAUUUCAUUAACUGAAUCCCGCUACGGACCAAGUCCUUACCUUAAGCUGUAAAAUAAUUUAAAAUGUAAUAUAAAGAAAAAAAAAAAACUAAAAAUAAGCAUGAGAUCAAGGUAUAAUGUACAACAAAAUUCGUCUAAAUCCUAAAUUAAGAUAUAUAUUGAUGAUAUAUAUUGAUGUGUAUUGAUGAAUGAAUAUGAGUUUAUUUAUACAUUAUUAAUAGUAACAAAUACGAAAGAAACAAAUAUAAAGGUGUAUUUUGAUUCAAUUUACCUUUAUAUAUGAAAGACUCAACGACUUAACAGUAAACCGACAGAUCAAGUAAAUGGUAGUGAUCGUUCAACAUUUGACACAUUACCCGAAACGGAUUGAACAACUGUACAGCAUCGGGGUGGCUGUAGUUGUUCUAUAGCACAAUACGUUUUCAUAUCUUACUAGGGAUAUUAAUAUUAAUAAGUUCUUCUAAAGCCAGCAAACAUUAACUUUGUUUAGCUUACAAAGGAAGGUUUAACCCACCAUUUGUUCCUUUUUUCAAGGGAAGGCAAAUCAAUGAUUUAUUCUUAUACAGUGGAAGAAGUGGGCUGGAUCCCACCCCAAACCUCACAAGGCAAACAUCAAGAACUCCCGUUGAACAGACUCCAAGAAAUCAAUAUGGCAUCUACAACUAGGAAGCCAAACCAUCGACGACGAGAAUUCAACAGUUGGUCUAAUUAAACAAGUAUACAAGCACUUCUUUAAAUUCUUUAGACCAUCUUUUUAUAAACCCUAAAAAUGAUUCAAUUUCAUCAACGGAUACUUCAGUAUGACUGUCAAACUUGAGUUUUGAAUCAAAAAUAACUUCUAAGACUUUGUAACUGAAAACAUUUUCCAAGAUGUUAUUGUGAGUACGAUAAUAAGAAGGCAUCGUUGCGUUCGGGUCUCUGGUUGUCGAUUACGGCAUAUAUCAGACGCAUCUAAAUUGUCAUUUUGAGGAAGUAAUCCUUUCUUAGCAGUCAAUUUUCGUUUCAAAAGCGCAGACAAAAAUUUAUUAUUAAAUAUAUGACCUAUUUGAGCUCCAAGUAUUCUAAGACUUUCUUAAAAAACGGUCUCAUCAUUCCACGUCAGAUAUUUAUCUUGUAAGCCUUUAGCUAAAUAAUUGUGUUGCCUGGCCUAUAACAGAUGCAGAGAAGUUCGUAAACGAUUCUUAUUAGCUGGAUCAUCUCAAAGCAAUAUUUGCCUUCUCGAAACAUUUCUGCACGAGAAUUGUAGCUUAUCCGGCCUUUGCUGUUCAUGAUCGUUAAUAUCGAGCAACGUCACGUUUAAGAAAGUUGUUAUGUGAUUAACCAUAUAAAAGAAGCGUCCAAUGGUAAUUGUGAUUAGAAUAUUUUUUAAAUUUUACUUAGCCUCUUAAACAGAAUUCCGGCGCAAACUGUCAUAUAUCUCUGGGUAUAUAAUAAAACUCUACGUACGUGGCUGUAGACGAAUUUGCCCAGUGUUAGCAUCGAUCUCAAGGUGUGUCACGGCCCUAGCUCACCUUUCGGUAGCGCGAUUAAAUUAUUUGAGCUGGCGCGCUGGACCGCAUGACAAUGAAAAAAAAAAAAAACAAAACAAAGAAAAUGCAAAUUAAAGAAUACUUGGUUCUUGAAAAACGGUGUAAGUCUAUUUAUGAAAUCUGUUGUCCGUCGUUCGUUGGUCCUCUUUUAGUCCGCGCACCCAUCCAUACCCCUGCUACAGCGGCGGCAUAUUCCGCUUAGCCGCUCAUUAUGAUUUAAAUUUUAUAGCCAAGCAAUUAUAAAUUUUAAUUUUUUUCUUAUUACCGCUGGCAUUUCGGUCUACAUCUAAUAAUACCUGACCGUUGAGAUGAUGAAGGGCCAGGUAGAGAGGUGGCAUCCUCGUGGCAGACACACGCUGGCUGCUCCAGGUGCUAAUGUUCCACAAUAGCCGAUGUGGGCGCAGUACAUACAAGAUCAUCGCCUCUUCUAGGCAAGGCAGGCGGCAGGUCCGGCAGCAAUGUUAGUAGGAACUAAUUUGCUCAGCCGCCUUACCGAACACCACACGUUAAUAGUAGACUUCCUUAGGCUGGUACGUUCACCGUUUCACUAGCCAUAUUUUGAUGCUUUCCUACUCGCUUUAAUUAAAGCGAAACCUCAAGAUUUUGCCAGAAAAAAAGUCUUCUUUUUUUCACAUAUAUUUUGCGAUUUUAACGACAUUGACAUUUGCCUUGACCUGUAUAACAAUACAUUCGUAUAUAAAUCAUAACUUUAUUACAGUAAAUUACACUUCUUAUCCGUAGUUAAAUUCUCAAUUUAAUUUAAUAAAAAUUUCUUUUCGUAAAUCUGUCACAUGCAAUUUUUCUCCUGUUCUUUAUUUUUGCAAAUCAACGCAAAUGCUAAUACGAAGGUUUUCUGUAUUGGAAAAGGUUUUACCUUCAUCUGCCGUAGCUUAAUUUUCUUUUCAAGUUUGGCUUGAUGAUUGGUAUGCCCUUUUUCCUUUUUUUUUAACUUUGUUGUCGCUUAUUUACUUAUUUCUCCUUUUUUUAUACAGAAUUUCACUUUAGUCCGCAAGAUAUUAUCAAUUUGUCAGGAAAAAACUUGCAAAUAAAACAUUUUUUCUUUCUUUUCUUAAUAA